GAGUUAGAGAGGCAGAGAGGCAGAGAGGCAGAGAGGGAGAGAGGGAGAGACUGGUGGGCGGAGUUCCGCUGAGAUUGGAUGCAGCGUUCACUUUUGUCCCGCCCCCUGUGCUCUCGCCGACGGUCUUCGGCAAGGCUUCGACUGGCGAGCACCCGGGAACCACAGAGAGAAAGACAAGUUGGGGGCGGGGCCCCAGUGGCUAAAACCCGCCUUGGAGCCUCGCAGCCAGCGCGUCGCUUUCUUCGGGGUCUGCGAAGUGUGCAGGUCUGUGUCACUUUGGUGUACGGUGGUAACCUGAGAGAAGAUGGGAAAGGGCUGCAAGGUUGUGGUUUGCGGCUUGCUGUCUGUGGGGAAAACAGCGAUUUUGGAGCAGCUUCUUUAUGGGAAUCAUACUAUUGGAAUGGAAGACUGUGAAACAAUGGAAGAUGUGUAUAUGGCUUCAGUGGAAACGGACCGGGGGGUAAAGGAACAGUUACAUCUUUAUGACACCAGAGGCCUACAGGAAGGUGUGGAACUGCCAAAACAUUAUUUUUCAUUUGCUGAUGGCUUUGUUCUAGUGUACAGUGUGAACAAUCUUGAGUCCUUUCAAAGAGUGGAGCUUCUGAAGAAAGAAAUUGAUAAGUUUAAAGACAAGAAAGAGGUAGCAAUUGUCGUAUUAGGAAACAAAAUCGAUCUUUCUGAGCAGAGACAAGUGGAUGCCGAAGUGGCACAGCAAUGGGCAAAAAGUGAGAAAGUGCGACUGUGGGAGGUAACGGUCACAGAUCGGAAAACCCUGAUUGAACCAUUCACUCUCUUAGCCAGCAAGCUUUCCCAGCCCCAGAGCAAAUCGAGCUUUCCUCUGCCUGGGAGGAAAAACAAAGGGAAUUCUAGCUCUGAGAACUGAAAGUCAGUGCCACAGGUGUUUGGUGAAUAGUGAUUGCCUUUAAGUGUCUGUGAACAUGUUUCAAUAGGCCAUUGGUGGCUACCUUUGGUCGUUUGGAAAUCCCUAAGUAACUUAAUGCACUUUAUGUUCUAAUUCAAUUAUUUGGGCUAAGUUUAUGUUAUUGCCUGAUAUGAAAUAAUAUAUUUGCCCUCUGGUUGCUUGAAACUUGUCCCUGAUAUUAGCACCUAUAUGUAUCUAUGAGGAGUGCCCCCUUUAAUGUUUCAGAAGCUACCAUUCUGUAAACUUUGUGCAUUUUUAGCUCAAAUGUAACAUGGUUUAAACAAAAAUUAACUAGUCAUCUAAUGCCUAGAAUUAUAAAAUGGCACUUUGUGUCUAAGUUGGAUGAAACAGUGAACAAUUUGGGUACUAAGCUGAAUUUUAUCUGGUGAAGGUCUGCUACAUAGAACAAAACCUAUGAUUUAGCUUUGUUCAAAUUACACGUUUAGCAUGACUUGAGGUAGUGGUUGGUAUAAGUACCUGCAAACUGUUUCUUUAGAAAACUCUUAGGCCCACAAGGAUAAUAAAACUUCUGUUUUCCAUAAGGAAUACUAUACCUUCUAGAAUAGUUUUCUGGCUAUGUAGUCAAGUGGAAUAAAACGUAUCAUAAAAAUAACUGGGCUACAGGUAGUCUUCAAGUUGGAUAUGUAAGUUUGUGCCCAUGUUCUCUGAAGAUUUUGGCAAGGUCUGAGUGAUGGGGUUCAUGGUAUUUAGCAAACUGAAAAUAUUGUAACUAAUUUUAAAAGCAGGAAGCAAGCUACUUAAUGGUUUCAGUGUGAAAGCAGUUAACUGAUUUAAAUGUAAAACAUGAAAUAAGCUCUUCAGCAAGGAAAUGUGAAAACGUCUAGUAAAUUUUUACAUCUUUAAUGGAAUGCUUUUAGGUUAGGCUAGUACUGCCACUAUAUGAUUCUUUAAAAUUUCUCAUCACAAAUACAUUUUUGGUAAAAAAUUAUCACUCAGUUAUGGUUAAAUCAUUCCCUACCUUCUCUCCCACUUAACCGAGUUUAUCCUCCAGCUUUUUUCCUAUGUAUUUUACAUAGAUGGAUAAAUACUUUCACAAUGAUUUUAAAAUAAUAUACCAAAGUGUCCUGUAGUUUGCUUGUUUUUAGUGAACUUACAUCUAUGCUGGCAUGCAUAUAGUUAACCAUAUUCCUUUGAAAUACUUACUGUGUGUGCACCUUCAUCCCAUGCUCCUGGGUGAGUUUCUCUGGUGUGGAUAUAAAGAAAUAGAAUUGCUGCGCCCUAUAGAUCAGAACACUUAGGUACUCCCAAAUUGCCCUCUAAUGUGGCUGUACUAAUUUAUCCACAAGAGAACCCAUUUCUCAUGUACCCGCCACCAUGGCAUCUGUAACUUAAAAAUGCGUUUAAAACUAUUCACCUUUGGGCUUAUCUGUGAAAGAUGGUGAGUUAGAUUAACCUUUUCUAAGACACCUCAAAAUCUAUCCUACAAGGCUGUUGUAUAAAUU